AGGCAGUCAAACACAACGGGACACGAAGCAGCCCUGAGCUCAAAGAUCUGCACACAGCUCUAACGUCAGAGGCCCACUAGAGACUGUCAACAUGUACAAAGUGGAUUUUCCUGUAGACCAGUCCGCUGAGAAAGCAGUGGAAAGGCGGAGGUCUGCAGAGUCAGCACGAAAGGCCCGGAUUUUCAACACACGCCUGCGUGUGAUGGGUCUCGACACCGAUGUUCUGAACCAGCAAGUCCAGGAGAAAAAACAUCAACAAAAUAUAGAGAGACAAAGAGACAAAGCUUUUGAUAAGCUGAGAGAGUAUCACGAUGUCGCACUGCUGCAGCUGGAGACUGAUGACAGAGAGAAGCGAGCAGCUCUGCACACCGACCUGGUCCAGUACUGGGCCACUCAGCAGCGUGUGGAGGACUCGCCUGAUGCAGAUCUCAAGUGUGGCCUGCAGGGGGCAUUCAGAAUCCCCAUUCCAGAGCGUGAGCUGGGGCCUGCCAGUAUGCAAAUGUUUCAGGGAGAGGGUAUCGGUGAGGAGCAAGUGAGGAGAGAACAAAUGAAAGAGACAGAAAGAUAUCUACAAGCCCAGAGGGAGGAAAAUGCGAGGAGGCACAUGGGAAACAAGCACAGAGAGAUGCUGGUGAGCAGAGAACUUGUGCAUCAGGACCUGAGGGGUGUUCAACAGGCAGCACUAGAGGAGGAGUGCAAGAAUGCCAUCCGCAUUGCAUACAACGACUACAACCGAGCUCUGGCUGCGGAGCAGGCAGAGAAACUGAUGGAGCAACACAGGAGAGAAGAAAGGGAGAAUCUUGCAGAGAUGAAGCACACGCUGACGUCCGACAUGAUGACAGAGUGUGCCGAGGCAGCAGAGAGAAAGGUGGGAGGAGGGAAGCCACACCACGUUCUGACUGACAGGUGGAGGGGGAUGAGCCCCGAGCAGCUCCGUGCCGUCCAUGAGGAGAGAGAGACACAGUGCCGUGAGAGACAGAGACAGCGUGAUGCUGAGAAGAUUCAUGACACAGCGUUGGACCUUCAGCUCCUGAAGCUGUCCAGAGAGGCAGAGGAGGAGGAGGCGAGAGCAGCAGAGCUGAAGAGACAGACAAGGAUUCAGAUGGAUCAGUACAACAUGCAGCUGGCCAGGGAGCAGCAGGCACAUCAGGAGUACCUGGACAAGAAGCUGUACACCAACAAACCCACCAGGGACUACUUUUAUCAAUUCAACACCAGCUCCCGCUGACAGCCUCACACCUUCUUCAGGCCCGUCCUCCUGUCACAAUGUGCUAAUAAAACCUAUCGAUUGUUGUGCUCCCACUCAGAGUGAAUUGGAUCCUACUUAUUCAAUAUUUACUGCUUAGU